AUGGUCACAUUCAAUGACAUUGGUGAGCAUGUUGGACCUGGUUCAGUAACCCUAUCGUCGUUUCUUGGUCCUCUUGUGAGGGAACAUGUUCCGGUUACACUUGCCGAUUGGAGAAAACUUGAUGCAGCGACUAAAGCAACAAUGUGGGAAGAAAUUCAGGGGAGGUUUAACUUGCAAGAAGAGUGGCAGAAAGCUGUUAUUUUCAAGCAGCUGGGAAAUGUGUGGAGGGCUGGGAAGUCGAGGCUGGUGUCACAAGUACGUGUGGCGAAGACUGCAGCUGAGAGAAUAGCUUUAAAACCGAGCAACAUCCCAUCCCUUCAACUGUGGAACACUUGGGUUAAGAGUAAGACUACCAAAUCUUUCACAGUGAGUUAUCUACAACUAAGUAAGUUUCAUCCUUAAAGGUCAUGUCUGAUGGAUAUAAUCAAUGUCAUAUUUAUAUUGUAGGAAACGAGUAACAAGUACAGAGCGAUGAGAAGAAAUCAGAUUCCUCACACCACCAGCCGCAAAGGAAUGCUUCGUUUAGCUGAUGAUAUG